AUGGAAUCGUGUCUGGGAAAAGAGGAACAGACAUAUUGGCGUAUUACGCCCAGUGCCAUCACCCAAAUACUCACACAACCCACAGAAACUGAAAGUGACCCCGCCGUCACAAAUGACGUCAGAAUAUCAUUGCAAAAGACAGAGUUACCACCCUUGCCAAUACCAGAAACAAAACCCGUUCUGUAUAGCGCCCUCUACGACUUUGAGGCUCUCAACAAUGAUGAUUUGUCUUUCAAGAAAGGCGACAGACUGGAAGUAGAGGACAGCAGCAAGCUCGAAGGCGAUUGGUGGAAAGCGACCAAUAAAAGAUCCAGAAAGCAUGGCUAUAUCCCGAGUAAUUAUGUAGGGAAAGAUAACUCCCCGGAAUCUGAAGAAUGGUGGUUGGAUGUGAAGCGGGCAGAAGCUAACACUAAGUUGAUGCUGGCUUCCAUCAAAGUCGGAACAUUUCUGAUAAGACCGUCAUCCAACAAGUUGAGGUACGCCCUCUCAGUACGAAAAGAAGACUCGCCGCUUGUGGCGCACUACGCAAUUAAACCACUGGAUGACGGCGGCUGGUUUAUCAGACCCAGACACACUUUUCCGGACAUAACCAGACUUGUGGAACACUACAAAGCCAAGAUCCACAACAUUCACGUCGUUGCAGUCAAGACACUUAAAACUGGCAUGAUGACACCAGCGAAAUUUCUGGAAGAAGCUCAGAAGAUGCACAAGUUACGUCACGCUAAACUCGUCACGCUGAUUGGAGUGUGCACGCUCAGCGAACCCAUCUACAUCAUCACAGAGUUCAUGGAAAAUGGAUCGCUUCGGGAGUUCAUGAGAGAUUCGGACAACAAACAGCAUCUGAAGCUGCCUGAAAUUAUUAACAUUGCGGGACAGAUUUUAGAUGGUAUGAAUUUCCUGUCCAGCCAAAGUUACGUCCACCGAGAUCUACGUGCAGCCAACAUAUUAGUGGGAAGUGACCUGAACGUAAAGAUCGCCGACUUCGGACUUGCCAAAGUAAUCAGUGAAGACGCAAAACAAACCCUGCGUGGAAAAAUGAAGUUCACAGUCAAAUGGAUGGCACCGGAAGCUGCGCUGAACAAUGCAUUUUCGAUCAAAUCAGACGUCUGGUCAUUUGGUGUGCUUAUGUACGAGAUGAUCACACUUGGACGAAUUCCAUAUGCGGGAAUGAGAAGUGCUGAAGUGAUGCAAAAAGUAUGCAAUGGUUACCGAAUGCCUAAGCCCACUGGCUCCGCCAUCGGAUGUCCAAACUGGUACUACGAGACAAUGCUCAAAUGUUGGAACGACAAUCCCGAAGCAAGACCAACCUUUGAACACCUCUAUAACACAUUAUGCCGACGAAUGCGCUAAUGAGCCUGAAACUUAUAAAAAAAAACCUCAAUCUCAGUUGAUAUUGUUGAGCAAUGAAAACCACUGACUUAUUAAGAGAAAAUGAACGAGGGAACUCAAUACCCAUGUUAGGGUGUGACAAAACAUCUAGGACAAACGAGCGAAAACAGGCGUUAACAAACGAACAUAUUCAGUGCUAAAUAAGGACAAUGGAAGAGACAGAUAGAUAGAUAAAUAGAUAGACAGAGAGACAUACAGACAAAGAGACAGAGACACACACCAUCGGACUACAGGCUGGUGGGUACAGGGUUCGCAGACC